ACACACACACAUCCUCUUUUAUAGUGACUGCUUCUUCUCUUUCUCUCUCUCUCUCUCGCCUAUAAAUCUCAAUGCGUUUUGCCAGAGGUCGGCUCAAUCCUCAAUCCUCAAUUCUUGCUGCUUUUCAUGGCUUCGAUCUUCGAAUCUGCUUGGACGUAUCUUGUCACUCAUUAUAGCGACUUUCAACUGGCAUGUCUUGGAAGCUUCUUUCUACAUGAAAGUGUCUUUUUCUUAUCGGGACUUCCGUUUAUUUAUUUUGAAAGGGCAGGAUGGUUGAGCAAGUACAAAAUUCAGACUAAAAAUAACACCCCUGCAGCUCAGGAGAAAUGCAUCACUCGCCUAGUGUUGUACCAUCUUUGCGUCAACUUACCAGUCAUGAUUCUUUCGUAUCCUGUCUUCAGAUUCAUGGGCAUGCGAAUCAGUCUCCCCUUGCCGUCCUGGAAAGUGAUUUCAACACAAAUUUUAUUCUACUUCAUCCUGGAGGAUUUUGUAUUCUACUGGGGCCAUAGGAUUUUACAUACAAAAUGGCUGUACAAGCAUGUCCACAGUGUCCAUCACGAGUAUGCAACACCAUUUGGAUUGACUUCUGAAUAUGCUCACCCUGCUGAAAUACUCUUCCUUGGAUUUGCUACUAUUGUUGGUCCUGCCAUCACUGGGCCACAUCUGAUAACACUAUGGUUGUGGAUGGUACUUAGAGUCCUGGAGACAGUUGAGGCACAUUGUGGUUAUCAUUUUCCAUGGAGCCUAUCAAACUUCUUGCCUUUAUAUGGCGGUGCUGAUUUUCACGACUACCAUCACAGACUGCUCUAUACCAAGUCUGGCAACUACUCAUCGACUUUUGUUUACAUGGACUGGAUAUUUGGUACUGAUAAGGGUUACAGAAAAUUGAAGGCACUGAAGAGUGUUGGAGAUGAAGCUGAGGUCAAGCAAUCAUAAUAGCGAUGUAGAAAAUAAAAUUUGUUGGCUGCAUCGGCAUCACAUGAUGGGUUGGUUCUUAACCUAAGAGUGUCUUGGCAAAGUUCUAGUUCGGUUCCUCUCUUUUGCAGCUGUUUCUUAUAUUCAUGUCUAAUUGCUGUUCUGGACUACAUUGCUUGUGUAAUGUGGAAUCAAUUCAAAGCUGUUUUUGGAUCUGCCCUGCUAUCCGCUUACAGGAA